AUGAAAUUUGCUGCUUUCCUCUUCCACGCCACCAUUGCUGUGUCCAUCCAUGAUGCAAGUAGUUUUGCGCCUUCUCUUCGAAAGCAUUCCGUCGUCUCCAAGCCAUCCAGCCCAUUGAACAGUGUGCUCACAAGAACACGCCCGACUCCAGAUGUGCAAGUCCUCGAUCGCGAUGACUUUCCAAUCAAAAUCAUCCCUGGCAGUUCUGUGGUCUCCAAGAACGAUGGUUCCCCUCUAAAGAUUAUCCCUGCCCGUUCUCUGAUCUCCAAGAAAGGGUUCUCCAAGGAACUCCAACUCCUCGAUGAGUCUCCAUUGGAUUUCCCGUCUCUUUCUGCACUAUCCGAGAAUGAGUUAUCCAAGGACCUCCAACUACUCGAUGAGACUGUGUUGAGCAUCCCUUCUCUUUCGGAGAUCUCCGAGAAAGUCAGUCGCCCAAGCAAGAAGAAAGUGAGCCUCCAUUCUGUGCUCGGCUCCACCGCAAUUGGAACUUCCAUCAUUGCCAUCCUGCCGCACCUCGCUCUCAGCCUUCGAGACAACAUUACAUGCCUCAAUCUUGCGGUCGACGCGCCCUUUCAUCUCACACAGCUUCACCUUGCCAACUUCCAACUCGUCCUUCUGAUGCUCACCGGUAUGCUACGUUUGCCCAAGAAAGCUGGCAAGGCUCGAACUUCCAUCUUCCAAUGCAUCGCUUGUGGAAUGGCUUCCAACUUCGUCAUGGGUCUUUCCAAUCUCAUGGGCCCUGGAAGUCCGCACCUCAUCGAUGCUUGGACCUGGCCUGGACGUAUUCUCAUUGGUGGUACAGGAAUCGCAAGUUCCUUGGGCAUUGCCAAUUUGUAUCACGAUGUGAUCACUGGACCGUUGAAGGGAAGAGAGCCCAAUCCACUCUUCGAGAACCGAUUGUUGGGUCUGUUCUCUACCACCAAGUACUGUCUCUCGUUUGCGUUUCAGAUCGCACUCAUGGUGCCCAUGUUCGCCCCCAAGGCGACCUUUGAUUCCUUCACCGCCCCGUUGCUCCAAGCAUGCGGGGCUACCAUUGGCACUCUCACAAUGGGCAAGUUCAUCAACAACUUUUACCUUGCCAUGGGAGCUCUUUGUGCCACUUUCCAGUACGAGAAGCGUGCUAGCCGCAAAUCGUGCAACAUUGCCUUGGCAUCGGUGGCUUUCUUCAGUCUUUGGGACAUUUACAAGUACUUGUUCCAGUUCGUUCGAGCUGCUGUCCUCCAAGAAGCAGGCCCCAAGUUGGCCUUUGUGAAGUACCUUGGCACUAUUGAAAAGUCCUUUCCAGUCAUGACCUUGUGGUUCCUCCCCAUUGUACUUGCCAUUGGUCAUGGAGCCAUUACCGCCGUUCGUGAAAAACGGUACCACUUGCCAGAGAUCGAUUGGUGUCAUCCACGCCGCCUUCUAAAGCUCGCCGGACUUUAA